GGGAGAGCAGAGAGGAGGUGAGAGAGUCUGCAUGGAGCUCUACAAUGUGUUUAUAAACUACAGAGCGCUGUUAUAUUGUAUUAUUUUGAAAGGUCCGGGUUGUAGUGUGGUAGGAGCGCGUUGUUUUAUCCGUUCAGACACUGAGGGAGAGCAGAGAGGAGGACUGCCCUAUCUUGGUGAAAGCCAAGGAACAAAUAUGGAGUCUGUUUACAUUAAACAGGAGGUGGUUCAGGAAUUGGUACCUAUCUGCAUUAAACAGGAGAUGCCUGAACUGGAGCCUGUCCACAUUAAAGAAGAGACUGAACUAGAGCCUGUCCACAUUAAAGAGGAAGAGACUGAACUGGAGCCUGUCCACAUUAAAGAAGAAGAGACUGAACUGGAGCCUGUCCACAUUAAAGAGGAAGAGACUGAACUGGAGCCUCUCUACAUUGAAGAGGAGCCUAUUGGCUUGUUGCUUAAGGGUUCAGAAAACAUAUCACAUCAAUGUAGUGGAUAUGGGAAGAGCUUCAGUCAGUCAGGAACCCUAAAAACACACCAGCGAAUUCACACUGGAGAGAAGCCAUAUCACUGUUUUGAAUGUGGGGUGAGCUUCACUGUGUCAGGAAGCCUAAAAACACACCAGCGAAUUCACACUGGAGAGAAGCCGAAUCACUGUACUGAAUGUGGGAAGAGCUUCGUUCAGUUAGGUGACCUAAAAAGACACCAGCGAAUUCACACUGGAGAGAAGCCAUAUCACUGUGCUGAAUGUGGGGAGAGCUUCAGACAGAUUGGAAGCCUAAAAAGACACCAGCGAAUUCACACUGGAGAAAAGCCUCGUCACUGCACUGAAUGUGGAAAGAGCUUCAGUGAAUUGGGACACCUAAAAUCACACCAGCGAAUUCAUACUGGAGAGAAGCCAUAUCACUGUAAUGAAUGUGGGCAGAGCUUCAAUCAGUUAGGAGUCCUAAAAAGACACCAGCGAAUUCACACUGGAGAGAAGCCAUAUUACUGUACUGCAUGCGGGAAGAGCUUCCGUCAGUCAGGAGACCUAAAAGCACAUCAGCGAAUUCACUCUGGAGAGAAGCUGUAUCCCUGUACUGAAUGUGGGGAACGCUUUAGUAGGUUUAGAGACCUUAAAAGACACCAGCAAAUUCACACUGGAGAGAAGCCGUAUCACAGUACUGAAUGUGUGAAUGAAGGGGGUCCCCAGAGUGAGAGCCAGUCCUGAAGGAGACAGACCCAUUCUUUCAGAAUGAACUGGAGAGCCCUGGGAUUCAGCUCCACUCCUGCCCCUGAAUUGGAAAUGAAUCUCACUCAUCAUGCUGUGAGGUUUUAGGACAGAGUUACAGGGUCAUUCUACUUAGAAGGGACACGUUGGAAAUAUAUGCCAAGCUUUUUCUCUGAACAAUUAUAUGUGUGACAUGAACCCAACACAUUAACACGAGAACCGCCAGGUUUAUGCUACUACCUAGAACCGCCAGCAGUAGUCAUUUUGAUGGGUAUAUUUUAAACAGCUUUGAUAUGAAAAUGAAACACAAACUGUCAGACACAACUCAAAAGUUUUAUUUAUGAACAUCAUAUCUAACAUUUGCAUAGCAGAAACAUUGUAUUUAAAUGAAAAAUAAACAUAAAAGCCUUUUUUUAAAUUAGCGCAUAUAAUGCAUGACGUAAAAACAUGAAAAACUAUAAUAAAAUAAACAUUUCAAAAGAAGAUAUUGUGUAAACAGCUGUAAUCUGUUAUAUGUACAUACGAAAUUGUAAAAACUAAGUAAUUAUUUACAAAAAUAACAUAAAAGGCUUUAUUUUCUAAAUGAGUGCAUAUAAUGCAUGACGUAAAAAAAUGAAAAACUAAUAAUAAACAUUUCAAAAGAAGAUAUUGUGUAAACAGGUGUAAACUGCUAUAUGUACAUACAAAAUUGUGAAAACAAAGUAAUUAUUUACAUUAUCACAUUAGCCUACUGCAUAGCACGACUUCAAAAAAUGAAAAACAAUAAUAAAAUGAAAUGUGCAUUCAGGGAAACGUACUUCAAAGUAGCCCCUAUAUUAGCACAAUCCACACAGACGUAACACUUAUCAACUUGUCAUGUGCAUUUACCACAUGCUGCUCUUUCACACUGGACACAGAUAUGAGAAGUUUUAUUUUUAUUGCAUUUAGUUACCUGCCAUUGUUUUCUGUUGCGUGUGUCUCUUGAUGUGCACUGUAUCCAGGUUGAGCUGCGUUUCCCUGCUGCUUUGCAGUUUUCUGAUCAAAAUGUUUCUGCCAAAGCUCCGUGGCUAGCAUCAUAAGAGGUCUCUCCUACUGAUAGUUUCCCCGGUGCAUUCAUUGUACAAAACUAAGGAAUUGAUGGCUGCCAUGUCCAGUACAUUGUAAAAUACAGCAACAGAAAACCAGUGAUUGCUUUCACUGAGUACUACGUUUUGCGCAGACGGUGGAAACGCUCUUCUUCUUUGUUUACUGUUGCA